AUGGAGGACGAAGAAAAUGUUGAGGAGGAACUGUUGCUUGUGGAGUCAGAACUUGAUGACAUUCAAGGACAAAUUAAAAGAUUACUCGAUCGCCAAGAGGAGUUGUAUGAGCGCCAGUCACUGUUAAAGGCUUUGCUGGAAGUAUCAAAAGUGUCCAGAAAUAAAUCAAAUAACAAAUCUUCAGUUAUUCUGGAGGACUGGUCUGGGAACUUCCCAUGGGAUUCUCAGGCUGAUGAUACCCGAUUCAAUAUAUUUGGCAUCACAUCAUACCGGUCAAAUCAACGAGAAAUAAUUAAUGCAGUCAUGAGUGGAAGAGAUGUUCUAGUAAUAAUGGCUGCUGGUGGAGGGAAGAGCCUGUGUUACCAACUCCCAGCUGUACUUCGUGAUGGAAUUGCAUUGGUUGUCAGCCCUCUACUUUCUCUUAUCCAGGACCAGGUCAUGGGACUGGCAGCUUUAGGUAUACCGGCAUACAUGCUGACUUCAACUACCAACAAGGAAGUUGAAAAGUUCAUCUAUAGGGCACUUGAUAAAGGUGAAGGAGAGCUGAAGAUAUUAUAUGUGACGCCAGAAAAGAUAUCAAAAAGUAAAAGGUUCAUGUCCAAGGUUGAGAAAUGCCAUCAUGCGGGACGUCUUUCUCUUGUUGCAAUAGAUGAAGCACAUUGCUGUAGUCAAUGGGGCCACGAUUUCCAUCCAGACUACAAGAAUCUUAGUAUUUUAAAGAUCCAAUUUCCCAGUGUUCCCAUGAUAGCUCUAACUGCAACUGCAACAAGUAAAGUCCGAACAGAUUUGAUAGAGAUGCUUCAUAUACCCAGAUGCGUCAAAUUUGUCAGCACAGUAAACAGGCCCAACCUCUUUUAUAAGGUGUAUCAAAAAUCACCAGUUGGAAAGGUUGUCAUUGAUGUGAUUGCAAAUUUUAUAAUUGAAUCGUACCCAAAUAAUGAAUCUGGAAUUGUGUAUUGCUUUUCAAGGAAGGAAUGUGAACAGAAAUUGGUUGCAAAAGAAUUGCGCGAUAGGGGUGUUUCGGCAGAGCAUUAUCAUGCUGAUAUGGAUAUUGUUGCUCGUGAGAAAAUUCACAUGUGUUGGAGCAAAGGACAAUCACAGAUCAUCGCUGGAAUAGUGGCGUUUGGCAUGGGAAUCAACAAACCAGAUGUUAGAUUUGUGAUUCAUCAUAGCCUUAGCAAGUCUAUGGAGACAUACUACCAGGAAAGUGGUCGGGCAGGGCAGGAUGGAUUACCUUCAGAGUGUGUUUUGUAUUAUCGACCUGGUGAUGUUCCACGGCAGGGAAGAUUAAAUUUUCUGCUUUUCUCUCAGUGUAAGUCUAGUUUUCAUCACUAUAUGUGCUAUGUUUUCGAUGAACAGAGUUCAAUGGUCUUCUAUGAAAACUGUGGCCUUCAAAAUCUAUAUGACAUUGUGCGAUACUGUCAGUCUAAGAGCUGCCGACGUGGUGCUUUCUUUCGGCAUUUUGGAGAGGCUCUGCAGGACUGCAAUGGAAUGUGUGGCAAUUGUGCUUCUAGUAUUGAGCUCAGGGAUAUAGAUGCCACAUGCCAUACCAAAAUUCUAGUUUCACUUCUACACAACUUGCAACUUAAUGACCAAAGAGCUACACUGUUGCAGCUGGUGGAUAAGUUCAAGGUGAAGUGGAAAGGUUUAGGUCGCUCGAAUCAACCUGUUGAUCUUAAAAGAGAAGAAAUUGAGCAGUUGAUAGUACAGCUUAUAGUUGACUGCGUUUUGAAAGAAGAAUUUCAACAUACAGCAUAUUCGACCAAUGCUAAUGUUGCAUUGGGACCAUUGUGGAAGCCAGCGCUGGAAGGGAACAGACCAGUGAAGCUUGAGAUUGCUGUUUUGGGUUCUCAAGCUAGAGCCGGAGGUGGUGAUACGACCAAAGGCACAAAACGUAGCCGAAUGAGCGAUCUGGAAGCUAAACUUGAUGAACUGCGCAGGGAGUUGUCAUCCUCUAGUACCGGGGGCAUAAGCAUAUUUUCCCAUGCAGUUCUCUCCACUCAGCAGAUUUCGCUCCUGAGCUGCCAGAAGCCCACCACUGAGGCCGAGCUGGAGAAGGCCAUUGGGAAGGUGAAGACCAAGAAAUAUGGCGGCAGGAUCAUUGAGCUGAUGCGGUCCCAUAUUGCCGAUCCAGGAGCUGGCAAUGGAUCUGAUGCUAAGCGGAAGCCCAAGAAAGAUAAUGCUGUGAUUGAGCAUUCGGUUUUCGUAGCGGUUGCUUGUGCAGCGUGA